CAGUCAUUUGUGUGUUCAGUUCAUCCUCAUCUCUCUCUGUUUUUCCAUCUUUGCUCUGUUUUCCCCUGCCUCUGUUGUCACCAGGUAUUCCACUCGGGAGUCUGUUUUUGUCGUUAAUGUCAGCUUCUUGGGGGUUAAUUCAGAUUCGUGAACAGAGGAAGUGGGGCUUUCCCGCAACUUGCUAGAUCUGUUUUUAUGACUUUCCCAUGAAGAAUUGAGCUGACUUGAGCUCAAAAUCCUCACUUUUCGUCUCCCUCCUCUGUUUUCGGCAGCAGAAAUGGAAUCCGAUCUUCAGCAGCAGCAGCAGAUGCUCUUCCACAGCCACCAGCCACCGGCCAUGAAUCCGGGUCUCACCCGGUUCAGAUCCGCUCCCAGCUCCCUCUUCGCCAGCCUGUUCGACAGGGACUUCGGCGAGGAUUUCUUGAACCGACCCUCGAGCCCCGAGACUGAGAGGAUCCUCUCGCGGCUCAUCUCCGGCACCAUGGACGACCCUCCGCCGCCUCCAAUGCCAGCGGCGCAGAACCUCGGCAACUUCCAGCGUAACUCGCCUCCCCGGAACGACGCAGCUGCUCUCCGACCUCCACUGGCGAGGCCGGUCAAGAGCGAGGUGGAUGUUGUUCAACAGAGCAAUUUCUCCUCUGUUCCUUCUCAGGGCUACUAUCAGAGUUCUGCUCAGCCGCCUUUACCAACGAAUCGGAUUACCAACUUCGGGUCGGCGCCGAAGGUGGGGAGAGGGAAUAAUAGCUCAAAUCUCAUCAGGCAGAACAGCUCCCCCGCCGGACUCUUCUCCAAUAUCGAAAUUGAUACUGCAGGCUAUGCUACUAUGAGAGGCAUGAGAGGUAAUCUUGGUGCUGGUAGCAUGGAGACAUCCCUCCCCCCGGCAAGCCGAUUUGGUAACAACCAGGAUUCAUUAACCCGGGUUGCCUCAAUGAGCCCGAUCGCUGAGAUGGGAGACAAGAGGAUGGGAGACAACAUCGAAGAGGUUGACCCUUUUGGAGAGAGCAGCAAUUUUGUCACGGACUUUCCUAUCACUUCUUGGGACGACUCCGAGAACUACGGCUCUCUCAAGAGGGGCAGAGACGAGGACGAGAAGAACUUCUCAGGCUUGAAUGCCACUGAAGCUCUGAAUGAGGAUGUUAGGAGCAGCCAGCCGCAGAUGUUGGCUCAUCACUUGAGUUUGCCCAAAACCUCGGCAGAAAUGGCUGCUAUUGAGAAGUUCUUGCAAGACUCUGUGCCCUGUAAAAUUCGUGCCAAGCGAGGUUGUGCCACUCAUCCACGUAGCAUCGCAGAGAGGGUGAGGAGAACCAAGAUCAGUGAAAGAAUGAGGAAACUGCAAGAUCUUGUCCCAAACAUGGACAAGCAAACAAACACUGCAGAUAUGUUGGAUUUGGCCGUUGAGUACAUUAAAGACCUUCAGCAGCAAGUUAAGAUGCUCUCGGUGAAUCAGGCCGCCUGCACUUGUGCGAGUCGGCACCAGUUAUAGGCUUGUAGCAUUGAUGGCUCCGACUGCAAUGUAAGUCCACUCGUGUACAGAAUUAAUCUGAAAGUGGCAGAGUACUCGGCUUUUUCUUACCCCAGCGAAAGGGACCAAGAGCUUAGCGUAACCGAGCCGGAGCGAAGAAGCAGUAAGCUGCAAAUUACAGAUAUAGAAAGUUUGAGCUAAGAGAUUGUACAGUAACUGCUGUUAUUUAGUGAUGCUAUGUAAUUUAUGAGGGAAGGCACAUAGGGAGAAGGGGAGAGAGAGAGAGAGAGAGAGAGAGAGAGAGGGAAGGAUUGAAAUUUGUCAAAGCUUUUCAUCUGUGGGUCGGGGCAAUAAAUGCUAAAGGCUGUCAAUUGCUGAAACUGGGAGGAUAGGCCCACCAAUUCUUGUAUUUCCAUAACUGGAGGGAGACAUCAGGUGAAGUAAGGAGUCAGUUGAAGAAGAAGAUGAGAAGAUCUCUGAUCUGAGAUGGAAGGAGAGACCACCUCUUGAUUGCCUCUGUAGCAAUAAUUUUCCCUGUUAUAUUAGGACUUCAUGUUCACAUGUGGUCUCUCGUGUGUCUUGUAUUGGUUCUUUGCCCUGUUCUUCCCGAUAAGUCGACAUUUCAUUGCAUGAA